AUGAAUGGGGUUUGGAAGAACCUUUGCUUGAAGAUUAUUCAUGAUUUUGGUGGACUCGAGAAGGUGGAUGAGGAGUCCAAAAAAAUCUUUAGCGACUCAAUAACACUCAGCGAUAAGCUGGAGCUAGAUCUGCAAAAGGACCACUUCAUUGAACUCCUUGAGGUACAACACAAGAAGCUUGCUAAUGAAGACCUCAUGGAAUUGGAGGCUGAGAGCAAGGAUGAAGAGAGACCAAAGGAAGAAGUAAGUGAAGAAUCAGAGAGAUUCCCAAUGCAGGAAAUGGCAAGGGGAUUUUCUCUAUUUGAGAGGCACUGA